UACGUCGUAUAGCGUUGAUCGGACUUGCUCAUUGGCAGUCAGGCAUGACUAUUAAGGUGUGCAACUUUCUUUAAAGUAGUUCGAAUACAGUCUUCUUUAGGGCGUGUGUUUUUAAAAGUGCUUAAGGAAAAGUUUCGUCGGAAUUAAAUGAGAAAAGUCUAACAAUGGGGAAGGAAAUAGCUCGGGAGACAUGGAGCAGCAAACUGGAUUUCAUGUUGUCAUGUAUAGGGUAUGCUGUAGGUUUGGGUAACAUCUGGAGAUUCCCAUAUCUCUGUUACAGAAAUGGAGGAGGCGCAUUUUUAAUUCCUUAUGUUAUUAUGUUGCUGGUAUGUGGAUUACCAAUAUUUUUCUUCGAACUUGCCGUCGGCCAGUUUUCGUCUGAGGGACCAAUUACAGUAUGGAAAGUGAAUCCAUUGUUUUACGGUAUUGGAUGGGGUAUGGUGACUAUAAGUGCUCUAGUAAGCGUCUACUAUAACGUCAUCAUCAUGUAUGCCAUCUACUACAUGUUUGUCUCGUUCGUCAACUUGGAUGGAGAGGUGCCGUGGAUAGACUGUGACAAUCCAUGGAACACGCCAAACUGCAGGAAGGAACCUUACCCAGAUUUUCCUAGCCUAGAUAAUACCACUAAAGUGGACGAACUCCUAAAAAUGAUGGAUAUGUCAUGCGUUAACAAAACAGUGAUGUCAAAAUAUAACGUUGUGCCUGUUGCUAAUGAGUUAUACACACUUGGUUACGAAACGCUUAAAAACUUAACAAGUUGCGAACGUGAUUUGAAGCUUCCUAGUGAUGAAUAUUGGAGCCGGUUCGUUUUACGGCUUCAUGAAUCCGACGGUAUCGACAACAUUAAUGGCAUCAGCUUGAAAAAUGUGAUAUGUUUAUUCUUUGCCUGGGUACUCAUCUUCUUCUGUUUGAUGAAGGGAAUCAAGUCCUCCGGCAAGGUGGUAUAUUUCACAGCAACGUUCCCAUACGUUCUGCUGAUUGUCCUUCUUGUACGGGGACUUACGUUAGAGGGUUACAAAGAAGGAAUCAAAUUUUACAUCAUCCCUGAAUGGGAGAGGCUGAAGGAUCCAAAGGUGUGGUCAGACGCAGCGACACAGAUAUUCUACUCACUUGGCCCAGCAUUCGGAGGUUUACUCACCAUGUCCAGUUUUAACAACUUCAAGAACAACUGUUGGAGGGACUCUGUGAUUGUUGCAUUUAUCAACUGUGGCACGAGUGUGUUCGGUGGUUUCGCCAUCUUCUCUCUACUUGGUUACAUGGCUCAUGUGACCAACCAGGAUGUGGCUGAUGUUGCUGACAGCGGCCCCGGACUGGCAUUCGUAGCAUACCCAGAGGGCAUUGCGAGACUUCCAGUCUCAUCAUUAUGGGCGUUCCUUUUCUUUUUCAUGAUCAUCACUCUCGGACUCGACAGUCAGAUGGUUAUGAUGGAGACGGUCAUCAGUGGUAUCACAGAUCUUUAUCCUCAAUUACUCCGCAGGAAGAAAGCUCUGUUUACAUUCAUAUGUUGUAUGAUUGGUUUUGCUCUCGGCAUUCCUAUGUCAACAAAGGGCGGCAUUCUUGUGUUGACAUUAUUUGACUGGUAUUCUGGCUCUUACAAUCUGAUGGUUAUAUGCUUUUGUGAACUCAUCGCAGUAUGCUGGAUAUAUGGUAUCCGCAACUUCAUGAAAGACAUUGAAAUGAUGCUGGGACCAAGGAAUAUUGUAUUCUGGGCUUACUAUUUACCAAUGUGGUGUUUCAUUACUCCAGGAGCUAUUCUUUUCAUUAUCAUCAUGUCAGGCGUAUAUUACACACCAGUUUACUACGUUGCUGAUGAACCGUUCCCAUCGUGGGCUCAGGGUGUUGGUUGGAUCCUGGCAGUGCUACCUAUUGUUUGGGUUGUCCUGGGAGCGAUUGUGGCUAUUGUCCGAAAUGGUUGCAGUAUUCGAGCAGCUGUAACACCGAGACCAGACUGGGGUCCUAGGUUGAAGGUCAAUCGAACCGGCAAAUAUUACGGAGAUAAUUACGGCUACGUUCCAGACGACGACGAGGAAAUUCCAAAGAUCUAUGCUGUCGAUGACCCCAUAAAGGUCCCAGAAAACGGGAGUAAGCCUACAGACUAUGCUGAUUUUCACAAGCUGUAAAUAUUCCACUGCAUUCUUAAGUUUACCUGUCUUUUUAAACAUUGACAUGAUUGACUCAAAGUGAAAAAAAGCAAACAUUUAUUGUAGCGUGUUUAACGCCAACAAUUGUACAACACUUAAUCUUUUAACAAAUUAAUAUCAUAAUAUAUCUUAUACAAUAUACAGUGACAACAACAACUGGACAUACUGUUUGUCUCUAAAAUAGAAAAAAAUCUUAGAUGUAUUAUAGACACAUGUAUAAUUAAAGUGGUUUAAAAAGAGUGAUUUUAAUUUUAUAUAAUUGUACAAUUUUGACAGCAAUUUCAUUUUUAACGGAGCACGUUUUUUAUAUUUGUUUAUCCAGGAAUCGAGCAUUUUUGUCUAACAUAAUCAUCAUGUUAUAUGCGUAUUAAGGGUAUGUUUAAACUUUCCUGACUUUUUAUUGUGUUUUAAAUGAAGCAAUUUCCGGUCUCUCUUGAAAUCUAAACGAAAUCCAAAAUGCAUGCUUUAAUCUGAAAACCGAAUCAUCUAUUGUGAUUUACAUUGAAAUAAAAUACCUACAUAAACUCUACAAAAUGUCCUAUUUCGUGAAAAUAUCUUUUGGUUUAUAUUAUUAUCAUUUAUAUCCUGAUAUAAUAUCAAAAUUAUAUAAAACAUUGUUUGUUAAAAUCUAUGUCUUGCGAUUCCUUUGCAUGAUAUACAUGUAUAUCACAAGUUGUGUAAAAAUCUCUACGCAUGUUUAAUGCUAUCACAGAGAAAAUCAAUGUUUAAAAAUAUUUAGUGUAGAAUAUCUUAGAUGUAGUACAAUUAAACAUGAGCUACUUUUAACUAAUAUCUAAUCAAAUCUGAGGGGAAACGUUUUAUAUUGUGAUUUUCUUUUAUUCUGUUACUAUAUAUACCUCUGACACAAUACUCCUGUGUGUGAAUCAAUUUGCUACAAAUUCCCUUGGAAGAAAUUUGCAAGUUUAUACAUUUCUUUAUAUGCCUAACAUUAUUCAAAAUUGAUACCAUGGUUUAUUUACUUAAAGAGCACUUGUCAGCUUGCUUGAGUACUGUACUGUGAGGUUAUAUCGCUGUACUGUGUACACUUUAACGUUAGGUUAUAUCGCUGUACUGUGUACACUUUAACGUUAGGUUAUAUCGCUGUACUGUGUACACUUUAACGUUAGGUUAUAUCGCUGUACUGUGUACACUUUAACGUUAGGUUAUAUCGCUGUACUGUGUACACUUUAACGUUAGGUUAUAUCGCUGUACUGUGUACACUUUUACGUUAGGUUAUAUCGCAAAAAUCAUUGCGAAAGAAAUUGAAAGGGAGUAAUUUUCAUAACUGAGAUAGUGCCUUAUCAAGUAAACAUUUUGAUGAAUUGAACUGGAAGGAAAUUUGUACCGUUUUGAUUUUUAUACAAUCGUUUAGUUCUCUUGUUGAUGACAGUUAUGAAUAUAUAUAUAUAUAUUUUUUUUUAUUUUUACAGUCUAUUAAAUUACUUGUAAUCAGAA